UGCCAUCUUUUCGUUCCUUACAAUCCUUUUCGCGUCCUUUCUUCCUUCCUUCCGCGCUGUGAUCGGCGCAGUUGGUUGCUCCCUCAGCAGUACUCAGUCGACCCAUCAGUCCUACAAGACUAGUCUUUUUAUCAUCCUCCAACUAUUAUUCCAGUCUUUUGGAUUCAUUGCAGAUUUCUUCCAAAGCUUGCAAAGCAAGCACAAGUCCGAUAAUCUACCUUUAACCCCACAUUCUCUUGUCACCUCUGAUUUCCUAUUUCCUCUUUACACUCCAGCCCGUGUUGCGCCAUCCACCUUUCUCCGUCCACGCAACACCAUAACUUAGCUAACAAGUUUCCGGCAUUGGUUUCGCAGCGGCUACAAGCUUUCGCUCGACUGUUCGCAGGGUCUCUUGGGGUUCCAGAAAAAACAUGACUGGAUUUUCGUCGAGAAAUGGUUCCGUGGAGCCGCCGGAUGAGAGACAGGCUUUGAUCAGCGAUACAGCUCGCAUCAACUCUGGAUUUCGCCAGCAACGUCAAAAGCCUCGAUACCACUGGUCUCACUGGCCUAGACGAGUCGCUCAUCUGACAUGGUCGACUCUUGUUCGCGAUUAUGUUAACAUCCUCCUUAUUUUCGUGCCAUUGGGCAUCGUCGCAGGCGCGCUUCACUGGGACAGCACCGUCAUCUUCACUCUUAACUUCUUGGCAAUUAUUCCUUUGGCUUCGCUCUUGAGUUUCGCAACUGAGGAGUUGGCAGCGACGAUGGGUCAGGCCCUGGGUGGCUUGAUGAAUGCAACUUUUGGUAAUGCUGUUGAAUUGAUCGUUAGCAUAAUCGCUCUCAAGGACAAUCAGAUCCGAGUUGUCCAAGCAAGCAUGCUUGGAAGUAUCUUGUCCAACAUUCUGCUUGUCCUGGGUUGUUGCUUUUUCAUUGGCGGACUACGUUACUCCGAGCAAACGUUCAAUAGUACAGUAGCAUCGACCAUGUCCUCAUUGAUGACGGUCGCGUCUGCUUCGCUAAUCAUUCCGGCUACGCUUUACGCCUCCUUGAGCGGGUCUGAUAAGGGGGAAAGGAGAGACAACAUCUUGAUCCUUUCUCACGGCACUGCCAUCAUCCUUUUGAUCCUCUACGUGAUGUACCUUUACUUCCAGCUUAAGUCGCACGCGGAUCUCUUCGAAGCAGCCAACGAGGAACUCAACGAUGCUGAAAAUCAGGCAGGAAAUGCGGAGGCGGAGGAAGAAGAGGAAAGACUGCUCAGCCCAUGGGCUGCCACGGUGGCUUUGAUCAUCGUGACGAUUCUCGUUGCUAUUUGCGCCGACUACCUCGUGGGUAGUAUUGACAGCAUCGUGCAGAAAACUGGCAUGAGCCGUACGUUCAUCGGUCUCGUUCUCAUCCCGAUUGUCGGAAACGCUGCCGAGCAUGUUACCGCCGUUGUGGUUGCCUGGAAGGGCAAAAUGGAUUUAGCUAUUGGGGUUGCCAUUGGCAGCAGUCUCCAGAUUGCGCUUUUUGUUACGCCCUUCCUUGUUAUUCUCGGCUGGAUCAUGAAUGUGGAUAUGACUCUGCAUUUCCAUAUCUUCGAGACUGUCGCCUUCUUCAUCUCUGGCUUGGUCGUUACUUUCCUCAUUCAGGAUGGAAAGUCUAACUAUCUUGAAGGCGGGCUAUGCCUGGGAAUGUAUAUCAUCCUCGCACUCGCUUUCUACGUUUAUCCGGACAGUGCCAGUGACGAUGCCUUGUUCAAUCAUUAAUUGGAGUAUCCCAAGGCCAUGUGACACAUCGGAUUUGCGUCCAUGCCUGUAGCAUGUAUUCCUCUUCCAUAAUUGCGCCCACGCAACAUCUUUCCAUCUCACUUCUGUUUUGUCCAUAUGUGCACCCUAGUUAUGCUGUGCCUAUCGCAGCCGUGCUUGUUUGCGUUUUCUUCGUUUUAGUGGCGACAAUAUUCUUCUAUGUUUCAGCUGGCGGCUCUUGUGCUUCUACUCUGACGGGCGAACCGUGAGAGGGCUGCAGGUCAGUUUAAAAUACCAGUAGUAUCACAUGUUCUCUUUCUCCAAGUGUGUCUUCAUGGUAGUGUGAUUCAUCUAGGCUUAGCGU